CGUGAGCCAGCCCAGACGACCCCACACGAGACUACGAGAGAGAGAGAGCGCUCAGCUCAGCAAAACUCAUCACACACCACGCCACUCCACGCCGCAGCUAGCCCAGCUCGCCUCCCGUCCCAUACUGUAGCACCCCACCUCACCAUUAAAGAAACGAGCUAGGCCAAGUGGAGAGAGAAGAGAGGGGACGGAGAGAGAGAGCAGCGGAGCAGAGCAGAGCAGCGAGGAGCAGGGGAGCUAGUAGGCUAGCAUGACGUCCGGGGCGGCCCGGGCUGCGGCGGCGGCGGAGGCGGACGCCGGGCUGGGGCGGACGCCCACCUGGAAGGAGCGGGAGAACAACAAGCGGCGCGAGCGCCGGCGCCGGGCCAUCGCCGCCAAGAUCUUCACCGGCCUCCGCGCGCUCGGCAACUACAAGCUCCCCAAGCACUGCGACAACAACGAGGUGCUCAAGGAGCUCUGCCGCGAGGCCGGAUGGGUCGUGGAGGACGACGGCACCACCUACCGCAAGGGAUACAAGCCGCCGUCGUCCGGGCCGUUCGGUGGGGUCUCGUCGGCGGGCAUGAGCCCCUGCUCGUCCUCGCAGCUGCUCAGUGCGCCGUCGUCGUCGUUCCCGAGCCCGGUGCCUUCCUACAACGCCAGCCCGGCGUCGUCGAGCUUCCCGAGCCCCACGCGCCUCGACAACCCGAGCCCCGCCUGCCUCCUCCCGUUCCUCCGUGGCCUCCCCAACCUGCCCCCGCUCCGGGUCUCCAACAGCGCGCCGGUGACGCCGCCGCUCUCGUCGCCGACGGCGUCGCGGCCGCCCAAGAUCCUGAAGCCGGACUGGGAGGUGGACCCGUUCCGGCACCCGUUCUUCGCCCUAUCCGCGCCGGCGAGCCCCACCCGUGGCCGCCGGCACGAGCACCCGGACACGAUACCGGAGUGCGACGAGUCGGACGUCUCCACGGUGGACUCUGGCCGGUGGAUCAGCUUCCAGAUGGCCACGACGGCGCCGACGUCGCCCGCGUACAACCUCGUCAACCUAGGCGCCUCCAGCUCCAACUCCAUGGAGUUGGAUGGAAUGGCGGGGGAGAGGGGCCGAAGCGGCCCGGAAUUCGAGUUCGACAAGGGGAGGGUGACGCCGUGGGAAGGGGAGAGGAUCCACGAGGUCGCCGCCGAGGAGCUUGAGCUCACCCUCGGCGUCGGCUCGAAAUGACGGGCAUCCGCGGAGCAUUGCACUGGCACUCACAAAUGCCAGCCAGAACUUGCCGGCCAGUGAUCGAAAAAAUGGUUUCUUUCAUGAACCUCGAAUCCUCAUCAAAAGCACAAGCUAAAUCGUGGUUGCUGUUGGAUCGGCCAUUGCUACUGCGAUGUGGGCAAUUCGUUCAUUCUAGGUUUAGGGUAUGGAUGCAUCUGUGGUUCGAUUCCUAGGACAAGAGGAAAGGAAUCAGAAACGAUCGUUCAUGCCAAUCGGCUGGUCACGGAUUGUUUCAUUAUUCAUUCAUGGAUGUACGUAGCUACUAGCUGGGUUCCUCUUCUGCUUUUUGUUGUUUGUGUUCUUGCCAUGCAUGUGUAUGUCCUCAAAAUGUGUAUGAGCUCAUGUGGGGGAAAGUCCAGUAGAGUAAAAAGGUGGAUGGAGUUGAGCUUUA